AUGGAGGCCGAGCUCAGUAAAUGGGUUAAGGAAACAGAGUCCGGAAAAGCAUGGAAGGAGUAUAAGCGACAAUUGGCAAUGGAAUACUGGGACAGUACUUUCGGGCCGAUGCCGGGCAUCUACGACCACCUCAACGACACGGAAGUCAGUUGGGCCGAAGAAGCAGUCCCAAGCAGCCGGGACAACGAAGUAGCCACCGCGGGCCGUCAAGCCAUAGCGAAGAAGGUGACGGAGACCGCGUACAAGGAGAAUUCGGGUAGUGACCACGGAGAAGACACCGAGGCGAGUACUCACGACGGCGACCGGUCUUGCUCGAAUGCAGAGUUGUCUGGUUUGGACCAGGACUCAGAAGACGUCACCCUCGACGACGAGAGCUUACUAUUAAGCCACGAAUCCGGUGGAGAAGAGCACGAUGCUGAGAUCCUCGAUGACUACGCCGAUGUCCUCACCGGCCAAAAGAGCAAUGCCCGCACCUACGAGGAGUACCUAGCUACUGAGAACGACACCAGGGUCGAUACAGUUGGAGUCGCACCCGAUGAGGGACGGUCCGACGACACAGGUGCAAACGCAACGGUUGAGGGUUAUGAAGUCAGCAAACGCUAUAAGAGGCAAUAA